CAGGUGUGGCUCCAGGAGUUCUCGUGGACUGAGGGGUCCCUGGAGGCCAACAAGAAGGAGCGGAGCUCGUCCCUCCCUGCCAGCGCAGCCGGUCAGGCUCGUGAGCUGGAUGCAGAGCCCAUGUGGUGCUUUGAGACGGCGAUGAAGCUAAACUACUGGACAUUCCUGUGCUAUGCCAGCUGUGCAAGAGGCCCGCUCACGCGCCGCUGCCAUGCACACCCCGAGCUCCCUCACGCCCACCCCUCGCAGGUGUGGCGCACCCCCUGGCCCAAGGCCCCCGGCCACAGAACACUGCUGGGGGCGCUGCGGGGCAGGGCCCGCGUGCACGCCGGCUUCCUGCAGGCGUACCGCGUGAAUGGCUUUGAUGCGCGCAUCAAGGAGUGCAUCGCCGGGGUGCUGGCUGGGCUCCAGCCAGACUGCGCCGGUCGGCCCAUCAAGGUCUACGUCACUGGCCACAGUCUCGGUGGGGCGCUGGCCACGCUGUGUGCGUACGACAUUGCAGUCUGCGAGAGGCUGUCCGGGUCGGUGGACGUCAGCUGCUACACCUUUGGCGCGCCACGCACCGGAAACCAUGUCUUUGCGGAGCUGUACACGCGUGCUGUGCCAGACACGUGGCACAUCAUCAACAACGAUGAUGCGGUGACCCGCAACGGCAAGUUCUUCAUGCUGUACAAGCGGGCAGGCUUCCGCGUCCUCAUCAACGCCCGAGGGGACUGCAUCGUCAGGCCCAACUUUGUGGAGCAAUUUGUGCACCGUGCCCCAGGAGGUGCGUGGUGUGGAGCUGUCAGUGUGGCCCCGGGGGUGACGAAAAAUGUCUGUAGGCUCUAUGCCCCUCCAGAAGUGGGACUGGUUGCUCGGCAUGGGGCCCCCCAUGUUCCAGGGACCUCCUGCUGUCGUGUCCCUAACAUCCUGUCGUAUGAGUCACGGGCUGUCCACAACUCCUCCACAGGAGGCAGCCUGGCUUCGCACUUCCUGACCUCGUACCAGAAGAGUCUGGUGGCCGUGCUUGCUGCCCAGUUUGGAAGGAAGUCGCUGGUCGGCGGCAAGCAGGCCGUGUUCAUGCUCACCAGCACCGCAGGCAAGGCUUCAUCAUGUGAAAGGGGCGUUUAG